AUGCCGCCCUCAUCAAGUAGGAGAGUAGGGCUCCGGAGCCGUCGAGAGCCGGAGCCACAACCAGCAUCAGAUGCUGACACACCUGACGCCAUAGCCACCCCUUCAAGGAAGAAGAGACGACUGAACGGCGCUGAGCGCUCCGCUGUUCCUAUUGAAGAUGCGCCGCGCGCACGCAUCACCGAGUCCGAGGUCAGCAACGAUUCCAAUGCAACGCUGCCGGAUGGAGGCGAUGCCGAAAUACCCUCCGAUCCAGUGGAGCGACAGAACCUGAUAAUCGCCCACCUGCGCGCUCCAAAUCACUACACCCCUAAUGCUGCGAUUGAUUACGCCAACGAGAUGCAGGCGCGCCGCAACGCUACCGACAUCGCCGCCUAUGCCAAGAUUGCUGCACGAGACUGGUGCUUCUUUGUCAAGAAGACCACACUCCUGAUCGGCCGUGUCGACUCGUUGGUGCGGCCCCAUCCGCCUUCGCAGGACAGUGCCGUUCUGGCUCAGGGUGAAGAUAUGGCUGCACACUGGGGUGUCGACAUAGACCUUGGCCCCGAACGACAGAUCUCGCGUGUGCACGCCCAGAUUGAUUACGACGGUAACGACCAGACGUGGUAUAUACUGGUUAACAGUCGCAAUGGGCUCAAACUAGACGAUACGACCAUUUCCAAGGGUCAGCGAGUGCCGCUGCACUCGGGCAUCUGCAUCGGAAUCAUGGGCACCCAGAUGCUUUUCCUGCUUGCAAACCAGCAAGACGAAUUCCACCCCAUGUUGUGGCGUCAAGUCAAGAAUGAUGGUGAACUGGAUGGCGAGUCCGACAAGGAGGGUCAUCGGCCCUCGCGCUCUCUGCCUCACGCUCAUCCUGGUGGGCCAACGCCGAAGCGCGAGCCCUACGAUCCGUUCCCACCAUCUUCGCACCCGCGGAACAGACAUCCCGCACGUUCAUAUAGCCAACAUUUGACGUCAACUCCUGGCCGUCCUCCGCCAGGCACUCCCAUGGCCAUGCACUCCGAAAGUGCGCUCCCCAAGGGCUCGCCUUCUGUAUACCCUCGGGGCAUGAUGUUGGAUUCCACCGAGGAUAUUGACUACAGCCACGAUUCUGCGAAGGAUAUCAAGCCGCCACAUAGUUAUGCACAGCUGAUCGGACAGGCUAUCCUGAGUAGCCCUGAGGAGAUGCUUACGCUGGCUAACAUCUAUCAGUUCAUCAAGGACCGAUACGCUUUCUUCAGGCACACACGGGCUGGUUGGCAGAACUCCAUCCGACACAACUUGUCGCUCAGUAAAUGUUUCGAGAAGGUAGCACGCCGUACGGAUGAGCCAGGAAAGGGCAUGAAGUGGAAGAUCGUCGACAGUGAGCGGGACGAGUUCGUCAAGAAGCAGCUGCUCAAUCCUCGCAAAGGCGGCGGGCCCGUCCGGAUCGACUCUUCGGGACCCAGCUCUCCGGCGCUCAACCAGCCUCCGUCACAAGCUACUGAACGCCUUAUCGGAGCUAUUGGGCAUGGGGAUAUUUUCAAGAAACAUGAUGCAGCCCCUAUACAGGUCAAGUCGCCGCCGCGCUCGGCUACACCACCUCUGAAUACGUACCCUACCGCAAACGAGUCUUACACACCCGACCGUGGCCCUCGGGCCCAUGCGUCACUGACAGCGUUCAAGCAAUCGCCAGCUCAGCCGGGACAUUCGAGCCUCGUGACGCCCGCGAAGAGGCUCUUCCAGGAGAUGCAAGCUGGAGGGGCUUCUGCUCUACAUCAGCGAUCCGAAGCGAACGGUGGUGGCGCAGUAGACAUUCAACCCUCGUCUCCUAACGCUGAUGCCAAACCCAGCGUGCCUGGUCUUCGUGAGAAUUCUACGAACUCCCCGCCUACUCUGUAUUCGGAUCCCGCUGCCAAUGCAGCAAACGGUGCAGGACGAGGAUUGUUUACGCCCCUUGUCUCGCGACAAGCACCCAGAUUGGCUCCACCUUCUACCGCGCAUUUACCUAGUCAGUAUAUGAACCUCAGUAGUCCGGCGCCUUUCUGGAAAUACAUUGAUUUACCCAGCACGCCGGCGAGGCAGCCGCUAGAUUUGAGUCCUAUCAAGAGGAAUAGGGACGACGUGGAGAGGGAGGCGGAUGAUGAGAAUGAUCAUGGGCCUGUGCAGCCUAGUAGCCCGCCCAUUGUUGGGGAGCAUAGUCAAGAUCCGGAGGGGAAGGACGACGAAGAUGCAGCUGAUGCGGAUGCGGAAGUGAAUGAGAAGGAGGAGGAUCUGGCGCCUGAUAGCCCAACUCGGCCUGUCAGCCGGCCGGCCAGUCGUCCAGCCAGCCGCGCCCACGUCUCAGCAACGUCGUCGCAGCGCUCAAGAUCCAACUCGCAUGCGCAUCCCGUGGGGACAAGUUCCGGGAAUGGCGGAAGGGUGAGGGGGGCAAGUUUGGGCAGUUUUGAGGAGUUGGAAGAGGAGGGGGGAUUUGAUCUUGCCAAGUAGGUUUCCUGCUUCUACGGGGAAGAUUGGGCGACGGGCAAGAGUGCAGGGUGCUAACGAGUGGAUUAGGGGCUUCCAGAAGAUUGGCUCGUUCCAUCGGAGUCUGCAGGCCCAUGGGGUGAAUUUGAGUGCUGGUGGGCCGCCAACC